AUGGAGCCCGAGGGAUCUGACCAUGAUGAAUAUGAGGUGCCGAACAAUAGCCUAUCCCGACGUGCGAGGGUUUCGCAGAUUCGCUGUGACAAACGUUCGCCAUGUUCGAAUUGCCGCAGUUCGAACGUUAUAUGCCGGUCGACCGGCGAGGGUCAGAAGCCACAUCAACAGAGAAGGCGAGUGCUGAUUUCUACUUCCUAUCCUUCUGUAACCCUACAGAGCUUUAGCAAGGUGGUAACAUAUAUCGAUAGUGAGAGGAAGAUAGACCUGAUUGAAGACCGAUUGGGAGGCAUCGAAAAAGCUCUGCAAGAAUUGGUUACUCAUUCCCGAUCAAAUGGGCCAGGGCCACCAAAAUUCUAUGGUUCAUCUCAGACCUCGCCUUUGUCGAGUGGUAAAGUCGAUUCUCCAGUGGCAAAAUCCGAUCAGGCGAACCUCAAGGGUCCUGGUUAUACAUCUAACCCUGCUAUUGAGCAACAUGAUCCAAGUUCCGGGUUCGAGGGGAACUCCUCACUUGCUGCACACUCGGCUUAUGCAAGGGAGUUUUUGGAGUCUGCCUUUUCGCAUAGUACACCGGAAGUUCUGUCCAGCCCGAAAAUCAACGAGGCACUUUCCUCACUACGACAUAUUGUUGAGAUGCAAAACAAGCAGCGAGAGAUUGAUCCCCAAAGGGCCCAGUUCCCUAAUCAAGAGACCAGGGUAGGUGCCCGUUGCGAUGUUCGCCAACUAGAACUACCACCUUUGACUGCCGUUUUGACAAUUCUUAAAUCAAUCAAAGAAAAUCCACCCUCAUCAUUCAGUGGCUAUAUUCCCUUCUUCGGAAUAGAUUACUUUAUCGAAAAAUGCCGAGACGUCUACAUUUCUAGGGAUGAAUACUCUGAUGCAGCUUUUAUUGUUGCGAACCUUGGACUUUACAAUAUUUUUAUUGAGUUGUCAUUCUCUGAGAAAGAGCCAACCACCCGGAAUGAAUAUCACCGGUAUGUGGAGAUGUGCAAGGACGCCGUCGAGGCAGCGCUGGCAAACUUGAACAUCUUAAUGCCUGCAACACAUGAAUAUAUUGUGGCGUUAACCCUUGGGGCGAUGCAUGGGAUUGAGAUCGCAAAGCCCUCUCUAAGCUGGACGCUUGCUUCCACAGCCAUCCAUAUGUGUCAAACAUUAGGCUAUCAUCGCAUAUCGUCCAUGGAGUCCGAUCCCCCAGGAGUCCAGAAAGAAAAGCAAUGUCUCUUUUGGUCUGUAUACACAAUAUUGAAUAUGAUGUCCUUGCGGCUUGGGCGUGCAUCUGUGAUACAGGACUUUGACAUCAGCCUGCCUUCACCGUUUGAGACCUUCCCAUGCGAUAAUGUUUGGGGUCAUGUAAACGCCCUGUGGACCAGACAGGCCAUGUUACAGAACAAAGUUUACACGACUUUAUACAGCCCUGCAGCUUUGAAUCAGCCUGAAAGUGUGAGAGUAUCUCAUGCCCGCAGCCUAGCUGCCGAGAUGAAUUCCAACAUUAUCGAGCCGUUUGAGCUUAUGAUGUCCUCCGACCUGGGACUUUGCGAAGUGGAUAUUUUAUACCUUCAGUGUGACAAGGUCAGUCGACUAGCAAUGUUAACAUUGAUAUACCGUGCAAUCCCUGCCCCAGCAAGAACUGGGUCAUCCAGCACAUUCAUACCUGAAUGUGUGGAGACAGCUCGAGCUGCACUUGAACAUCAUCAAAUGUGCUUUGGUGCUAUAGGGGAGAACAAUAAGAUCCUUCAACGUUCUUAUAUGCAUUGGGCAAUCCUCGUCUCCCCCUUUGUCCCUUUCAUUGUCAUUUUUUGCCAUAUAAUUGCAACAUCGGACAGCGAAGAUCUCGCCCUCCUAGAAGAUUUCAUCGCUUCCCUUCAGGCCCUCUGCUCAAUCUCCCAAUCUGUCGAUCGGCUUCACAACAUCUGUUCUGUAUUUGGCACGGUCGCACGACUGUACGUCGAAGCCAAAACUCGAAGCAAGGCUGGAGAGAAUCCAGGCCUUGCUUCUGUAGGUCAGGAGUUUGACGUUUACCUUAGCGCCCUAGGUCUAGCGCCCGGUAGCGCGAUCACGAGUGGCCAAGGUUAUUCUCAGCCUGAUGCUAUGUUAACCUCGCAGGCUGGAGUCCCAGAACCUGCGCCAUGUAUGGCCGAGCUGGCUGGACCCGCUACGCAGCUCCAGGGUCAGAGUCAAGAGGCCAUGUCUGAAGCUGAGAUGAUGCAAACGGCGCAAUUGGGGAACUGGUUUUCUGGGAAUCAGUAUAUGAUGGGGCUCUUGGAAGAGGAUUUGGUUCAGUUCAAUCCGAACAUCUGA